AUGCCGACCUCGGCCGAUCUGGAUCAGAUCUGGCGGUGGAAUGCAUCAGUGCCGGCAUGCGAGGACAGACUUGUUCACGAUAUCCUUCGGGAACGCGCGGUGGAGCAGCCUGAUCGACCUGCGAUUUGUGCCUGGGAUGGCACCUUGACAUAUGCCAGGCUCAAUGAGCUUGCGACGGAUCUCGCCCGUCGAUUGGUCUGCCUUGGAUUCGGUCCUGGUCCUCUAUCAAUUGUGCCUUUAUGCUUCGAAAAGUCCAUGUGGACAGCGGUUGCCAUGCUCGGUGUGCUCAAGGCAGGUGCUGGAUUCGUGUUGCUGGACCCACAGCAGCCGGAACAACGCUUGCGAACCAUUGUCAAGCAAACCAACGCCGGAGUCAUCGUCUCUUCCGUCGACAUGAGCUGUCUGAGUUUACGACUGGUACCGACCUCGAUCGUUCUAUCAUGGCGGCUAUUCGAACAGCCCUCUGAUGCUACCGGCAUUCCGCUACAGCCCGACACUGCUUCAGUGGCGUACAUCGCGUUCACUUCAGGCAGCACUGGGGAGCCAAAAGGUGCGAUGAUAUCACACCGGAACAUCUCAUCAGCUUUGCUGCACCAGCACCAGCCGAUGGGAUUCACACCUGGUACGAGGUUCUACGACUUCUCAUCUUACAGCUUUGACGCAUCUAUCGGGAUCUUCUUUACCACGCUAGCGGCUGGUGGUUGUAUCUGCGUGCCCAGCGAAGACGACCGGCGGAACAAUCUCAUUGAGAGCAUCAACGCGUUGGGUGCAAAUACAUUGGAUUUGACUCCUUCCGUUGCCGCGCUUUUGUCUCCUGCUGUCGUCCCCGGUGCCAACACUCUGAUACUCGGAGGCGAGGCUUUACAAGCGCGAGACUUGAUCCCAUGGUGGGUAUCAGUGCGUGUUAUGAGCUUCUACGGACCGUGCGAGUGUACACCCACAAGCACGAUCAAUUACGAUGCCAGGACACCCAAGGACGCAACUCACUUGGGAAGCGGCGUUGGCCUUUUGACGUGGCUGGCUCAUCCUCAGGACCAUCAUGUUUUGGUGCCCAUCGGCGACGUGGGCGAAAUUUUGCUCGAGGGACCACUGGUUGGUCUUGGAUAUCUCCUGAAUUCAGAAAGGACGGCAGAGUCAUUUGUUGAAGAUCCGGUCUGGCUAUCAGGUAUUGUACCUGGCCGUAGGGGAAGACGCGGGCGCCUUCAUAAGACUGGAGACUUGGCACGGUAUCAAGAAGAUGGCAGCUUGGUAUUUGUUGGUCGAAAAGACACACAAAGCAAGGUCAGAGGCCAACGCGUUGAGUUACGAGAAAUUGAAGAUUGCUUGCGAGAGCAUCCUGAAAUCAACGAUGCUGUUGCUGUGGUGCACAAGGAUACAAGUGUGGACAGCGAAUGGAUCACAGCGUUCGUCACUGUACACCACGGUGGUGAUGCUUUCCAGGCAUGGUCUUCCCUAAGCAAUUGGCAAAAUCGAUUGACGACUAGCUCAACAUCGUCAGAAAAGACUCAUCACGCAGCUUCUAAGGAGACUUUCGCAAGCUGGUGUUCCAUCCGCAAUGCGAGCAACGAAGAAAUCGGCCAGCUCGAGCAAUGGCUAAAACACGCCAUCGAUCCCGUUGCUAGUGAGCUGGAAGAAAGUCAGUCAUUCGACAAAUCAAUCAGUGGCCCAUUCGUUCUCUUCAGCAUGCCAACGGUGCAACUUCCGAACAUCGCAUACGCCCGGAGUCUGGAAUUCGUUGGAAAGAUCAUCGAUUCGCUGCCGGCUGUGGAGAAUAGAAUAACAUUGCUGAAGGCCGCUCCAACAGACUUAGAUACGCAAUGUCUUGCACUCUCGCCUGGCCUUAUCGCAUUGCUGAGACUCGUCUGGAUGAUUCCGGAGCUCCUUGUGCAUCCAUUGUUCUUCGCCAGUCUGGUAGAGAGAUUGCCGAACGACGUUGCGCAUGUCGAGGCUAUUCCCGACGAACCCAGUUCUCGGGACUACCUGGGUCCUUGCUGCUACACUGCCAUUGUGCACUUUAAGCGCGAGGAUACUCGCUUCCAGGUUCAGCAGCCAGAUGCAGCUGCGUGGAUCGACUUUAGGCAAGAAAAGGUGGGUUACCAAGGACUCGCCAACACUUUGCAGGAGCGCCGUGCGUCUGAGCCCAUCGUUGUCACGAACAUUCCAUACAGCAGGAUUGUGGAGGGGAGGAAAUGGUUGCAACAGGUACAGAGCGGCGUUACACAGUUGUCUGGCUGUGUCGACGAUACAAAGGACAGUGCCUCCUUGUCUGUCCCCGAUUUGGCCAACCUAGCGAGGGCUGCAAGCCGCCAACUGCAGGUCACUUGGAUUGCGAAAUCGUCCCUACCCGGAGCAUUGACGGCUAGUUUCUAUCACGACACGCCGAUCACCGGCCGAGUACGACCAAUGUUCCACUUGCCAUCGACAGCUGGUCAGCAAUUGCCUCUUGGCACGCUUUGCACCCAACCGACUCCACUGAGCCUCAAUCACAAGGUUGAAAGAGUACUUCUCGAAUUGCUGCGCAUUAAGCUUCCCUCCUACAUGAUACCCAGUGUCAUUCGAGUCGUGGAGAAGAUUCCGCUCAACAAGAAUUGUAAGAUUGAUCGGAAAUCCCUAGAGGAUAAUGUACAACGGAGGAGAAGGCGAGAAGAUGCAAUGACCGCCGGAAGCAAGACUCUUUCCAACGGCGAAGAAGACGUCCGCCGCAUAUGGGCGAGUGCGCUUCGUAUUGAGCCUGCCACGAUUGGCAGGAAUGACCGUUUCUUCGACAUCGGAGGAGACUCCAUCACUGCGAUGAAAGUGGUGCUAGGUGCUCGAGAGUGUGGGCUUAGGCUGACUGUGCGGGAUGUGUUCCUCUUGGAGAUUCAUGAAAUGGCAGAGCGCAUUUCAGCCCUUCCGAAUGACCAUCGAGACUAG